AUGGCAAAAUUAGAAACGGCCCCAGCAACCUUUGCAGUUGACGAAAAUGGCGCUGAAGGGGCGAGCUUUCCAGUUGUCGUUGACUGGGAAGGAGAUGAAGAUGCUGAGAAACCAACAAAUUGGUCAGUGUCGAAGAAGUGGAUCAACGUCCUUCUCAUAUCAACACUCACCCUAAUCUCGCCAUUCGGCUCUUCAAUGUUCGCACCCAGUACGAGCGAGACAAUGAGAGAGUUUCACUCCACCAACGUGGAUCUCGAAUCCUUCAGUGUUUCCAUCUUCGUGCUUGGCUAUGCUUUCGGACCCUUGAUUCACGGACCUUUGAGCGAGCUUUACGGCCGGCUAAUUCUCUACCACAUCAACUCCCUCCUCUUUAUCCUAGCCAAUGUUGCUUGCGCACUGUCAAUUUCACUACCGAUGCUCAUCGUCUUCCGUCUCAUCACUGGCCUCGUUGGUUCCUGCCCGUUGGCUAUCGGUCCAGCUAGCGUCUCAGAUUUGUUCAUCCAGGAGGAACGAGGAAAGGGGCUUGCGGUCUGGAACCUACCAGUGCUUUUAGGUCCGGCCAUUGGGCCCUUAAUGGGAGCGAUCUACAUCGCUACGCUACUACUGCUCCGAGAAACUCAUUCGCCAACUCUACUAGGACGGAAAGCUCGAAGACUACGUAAGAAAUACGGAAACCCGGAGAUAUCAUCCGUUUUGGUAUCCAAGAAGCCCCCGCGGGCCACAUUCCUGAACGCAAUCAUUCGACCGACCAGACUUCUCGUCUAUUCACCCAUUGUUCUGACUCUCUCUAUCUGCGCCGCAGUCAACUACGGCUUCAUCUACAUCAUCUUCACCACCAUGACCUCGACAUUCAUGAGCCGAUAUGGGCUCAGUAAAGGCGAUGUCGGCCUUACUUACUUGGGCUUUGGCAUCGGAAACAUUGUAGGAAACGUAACCCUCGGAGCUCUCUCCGACAAGCUUGUGAAAGCCAUAGCCGGCAAAGGAGAGAUGAAGCCCGAAUACCGACUUCCGCCAUUGAUACCAGGCAGCCUUCUAGUCCCGGUCGGCUUGUUUCUGUACGGCUGGACCUUGCAGUACAACGUUCAUUUCAUGGUGCCGCUGGUUGGCACCUUCCUGGUGGGAGUCGGUACCAUCCUCAUUUUCAUGUCCAUCAACUCGUACUUGGUCGAUGCCUUCACCGAGCAUGCAGCCAGCGCGGUUGCCGCGAGCACCGUGUUGCGUAGCUUAGGUGGGGGUUUGCUUCCGCUUUGCGGAGGGAAGUUGUACGAAGCUGUGGGUGAUGGAUGGGGCAAUUCGAUUCUUGGGUUUAUUGGAGUUGCUUUUAUCCCUGCCGUAUGGUUGUUGUACAAGUUUGGGGAACGACUCAGAUUAAAGUCUCGAGUUUAG